GUUUCCUCAAAGAGUUCAAAACAUUGAAAUAGUGAUGGUGGCUAGUGAACAAAAGAAGAGGGCAGUCCAAGGGAAACCUCAUUUUCUUAAAAAUCUCACCCACUUUAAACUUAGUAACCAUGAACAGAGCAUGGUGAUUAAGGAGGCUCUUCUAUACAUAGACAUGCUCAAAAUCAAGAUAAAAGCAUUGCAGAGAGAUCAUGAAGGUUUCAAGAUUAUCAAAAAAGAACAUUUACAUCAGUUUCAGGAGGUGAAGGUAGAGAAGAUUGGGGAAAGGUUUCAAGUAAAAAUAAAAAGUGUAAAGGGAGAGUUUAGUCUUGUGAACAUUCUAGAAGCAUUUGAAGAAAUGGGUUUGAGUGUGGCUCAAGCAAGGGCAUCAUGCCUAGAUUCAUUUGCCAUGGAGGCCAUUGUUGCACCUCUAUCCAAAGACAAGCUGUGGAGUGUGGAUGAUAUGACUCAAACUCUUGUUAAAGCUCUUGUCAAGCAAAGUACCCCCAAUGUAAAAUUUAGAUAUAUAUAAAAAUAUAAAUAACUAAAGUCUAAAGGGAUAUAAACAAACAAAAAAUCUCAAGAAUGUGUGUUUAUACUUUUUAUCCAGUUGGUGAGAUGAGAUGCAGUGACGUGCUCAUGGUUCGGAAUAUUCGAGGCGAGUUUGAAAA